UCGCGCAUGACAUAAACAGAAACAGUUUUCUUUGGUGUAAAACACAAAGGUUAUCUUAAUUUUAAAGUAUAUUAAAUUACGAAGGAUUUCAUUAUUAACUCAUUAUGUCUACUGAAAAAAGGAAAGCAUUAUUUAUAUGUCUGGGUAACAUUUGUCGUUCACCAAUAGCAGAGGGGGUAUUUCAAAAGACUGUCAAUGAUAUGGGAUUAGGUGAUGAGUGGGAAAUUGACAGUGCAGCCAUCGGUGGCUGGCAUGUUGGUAAUCCACCUGAUUGGAGAGCUCUAGAUACUAUGAAAAAACAUGGUGUACCAUACAAUAAUUGUGCUAGGCAGAUCAUUGCAGAAGAUUUUAACCAUUAUGAUUUUAUAUUUGGAAUGGACGAAACCAACAUGAAGGACUUAAAUAAGAGGGCUCCGAGAGGGAGUAAAGCAAAAUUGCUUCUUUUUGGAGACUUUGAUCCUCAAGGCGAUAGAAUCAUCAGAGACCCUUAUUAUGAUAGUGAUUCAGCAGGAUUUGAAAAAUGUUAUCAACAGUCAGUGAGAUGUUCAAAAGGAUUCUUAGAAAGAUUAGCAGCAGGCGAGUUGAACAAUUAGUUUAAAAGAAAAUAAAUUGAAGAAAAUUUAAGAAGUAUCUGCUAAAAUGCUAACAUAUAUCAAAUAAUUACCCCUUGUUAAAACAUUUGUACAAACACCUUUUUUUUUCAAGGAAUGUGAAGUAUAUUUUUUAUUUGUGUUAGUAAAAGAAAAUUAUUGUCAUUUUAGAUCACCAUUAAUGAUAUAUGUUUGUUUAGUCUUAAAAACAAUAUUACUAUAUAAACAGGAUUUUCACACUGUAUUAUAAGUUGAAAAACUUGUAAUUAAAUGUUUAUUUAAUAAGGUAUACAAAUAUAUAUAUAUUAAAUUGAACUGAUUUUUAUUCAUGAUUACCUAACAGUUAUAUGAAAAACUUUAAGAAAGGGUCUAUAGAUCUUCUUCAAAAUAUCAUUGACAUGUAACAAACAUUUUAGGAAUAAGU